CCCUCCGCCUUUCCAUACACAAUUACACACCCUCCGUCACCUCCUCAUCCUCUUCAUUCCCUUGUAUCUUUCUCUCUCACUACGUUCCAGUUUUAGGGUUCUUAAGCUUCUCAUUUACCUGCGGAAGAAGAAUUGCAGAUUGUUAAUGGAGGAGUGAGUAGUCUCUCCCCCAUCCCCCCUCUCUCUACCUCUCUCUAUCUGCUUUGUAAACAUAUACCCGUACAAAUAAGCUAUCAUGGCGACGGUGCCCACGAAGAAUCAGCAACGACUGCAUAAUUUCUCGCUUCCAUUCCUAAAAUGGGGACAGAGAACCCAAAUCAACAACAACUGCCGCCGCCGCUACCGCAACUUUCCUCUCACCGACUCAGACCUCAAUAAUGACCGUAAACCUCAUCGGUUUCAUAAUCGGGAGAGUAAAGACACAAAAACGAAAGAUGAGGAAGAAAACGGGGGAGUUUUGUUGGAUAGAGGCGAUAACACCGGGAAAUCAUCGGAUGUGGCUGCGGCAGCUGAUGGAGACGUUAAGCCGUGGAAUCUGAGGCCGAGGAGGUUCGUGAUCAAUACUGUUGAUGGUAAUGGUGCGGUUAUGGGGGUGAAUAGUGCAAAGUCAGGGUGGUUGUUGAGAGGUGGUGCGUCGGCGGCGGCGGCGGCGGAUGAGGAGAAGAUUAAGGAGAAGGAGAAGGAGAAGGAAGAGGAUCAGAUGAAGAAGAAGAGGAGAUUAUGGAUCUCGUUGUCGAAGGAAGAGAUUGAAGAAGAUGUAUAUGCGUUUACUGGAUCAAAACCAGCUCGAAGGCCUAAGAAAAGGAACAAAACCGCGCAGAAACAAGUCGAUAAUGUUUUUCCUGGGCUAUACUUGGUUGGAAUUUCAGCUGAUUCAUAUCGAGUUUAAACUUCACAGUUCAUACUAUUAAGAAGCAGAGACUAGAGAGUAGAGACAGAUGAAAUUGAUCAAAUCACAAUCUACUUGGAAGAGAAAAGAAGCCUCAGUUCGAGGUAUAAUCUAUAAUGUACUAAUUAUAUAAUAAAAAUGGUUGAUUUGAGUCUAUGAUUUCAAACAUAAAAGUUUGUAUGAUACAUAUGAAUGUAAAGGGUUCAGGUUAUUAGUUUGUUAAAUCUUUGAAGCUCAUUGUUCUCUGAAUGGAAGUUCCAUGUUUGAUUU